AGUGGAGUCACGUGUUGCUUCUACUACUCUUACCUCCUUACAUAUUCUCAUAUUAUAAUUUAAUCCGUCUGGCCUCUUCUCGCGGGUGGAGCGUGUCUUGUCACGGCUUAGUUUUUUCUCCCAUCUAGCAACCGAAACAGGGGGAGGAGGAGGCCGCAAAGGACCGUCCCAGUGGCCGAUCAAAGAAGGUCAGAUACGAGAGAAAAAGUAUUAAAAAAGAGAAGCCACGCGUCUAAAGAGCUCUGGUCUAUGGCGCACAUCAUCGAUGCGUGGAUCACGGAUGAUCCGCUGGUGCGACGCGUGCAGAUUGUAGAGCUGGUGCUGGCCCACUGCUCCGCGGUGCUGUGGCCGAACAACGCAGAGAAGGUGAAGCGGGUACCGGGCUGGAUUGCAAAGCUGCGUGCGUCGCUGAAGAGCAAAACGAAGCUUCUCCUCGAUGGCAGCGGCAGCGCGCAGGGGUCCGAGGACUCGUCCGCCACGCGGUCCCUCUCGGCCGUUCCGCAAAAGAAAGGCCUGAAUGGGCUCGCCGUCGCCUCGGCAGACGUCCUUGUCGUGCAAGAACACUCCAAGGCAAACCAAUUCCUUCAAGAUCGUCCGCCACCGCCGCGUGUCCCUCCUCCGCCGGCGCCGCCCGCACCGCACGGCAUCAGAAGUCUUUCUCCCGUCGUGCUGCAGGACUCCGACCAGCUCAUCAGCUCCUCCUUGGACGUGCCACAGACCUCGCCGCACGUCCGCAGCGGCAGUAGGACACCCAGCAGUAGCAGCAGCCGCCGGCACUAUCCCGAGGUCGGCGCCGACAACAACCGCACGAGUGGUGUUCGGCCCGGACCCUCGUUUGCCGGCACCCCCGGUGCCUCGGUGACCUCGCGGCGCAGCACGGAGGACUACUACGACGAACACGGCAUCCCCCCGACCGCCGCGACGACGCUGCAAGGAGAGGUGGUGGUGGUGACCGAAAACGGCUCGCCGCUGCUGGAGUCGAGCACGCUGGUGGACUACCCCAUGGCGCCGCUGCAGGUGCGGCGUUUGUCAGGAGGCAUUACGAAUGAGCUCUUCCACGUGUACGAUGAGGACGACGAAUCGGCCUCGGUGGUCGUGCGUGUCUUUGGCAAGGAAACCGACCGCGUCAUCUCGCGUGAGAGCGAGCUUUUCUAUCAGUCGCUCUUCAUCCCCACCUACGUGCACGGCAACAAUUUUUUGAUCUACGACUUCCUCAACGGCUUCUACACGCUUCCAUACACACAGAUGGCUUCCGAGGCCACGCCGAUCGCCCACGCCAUGGCGGAGUUUCAGGUCCGUGCGACCCGCGCCGCGCUGCGCGACCACGCCCGUCCACUGCUGCGCGACGCGCAGAACAAGGAGUAUUGGGAGAGCUUUGACGAGGAGUUUGUGACCUCCACAACGAACGGCAGCUACGGCGGCGUGCGUGCACCGAAGGAGAAGUCCCGCUUCCACCACGAGUCGAACUACCUGGUGGACUCGCUGACCAAGUGGGUGGAACUGGUACUCUCGAAGGAAAUUCAGCAGAAGGUGCUGGCGGAAAAGCAGGAGAGCUUUCUCGAGACGGCGCAUAACCUCCAACGGGAGUGCGCGUGGAUGCUGCCGGUGCUAGAGAAAGAACGCGGCUCCCUGCCUGAGGGCGUGUGCCACAACGACCUGCUCAGCGCUAAUGUGAUGAUUCACAGCACCCGCAAGGAGGUGCGCAUCAUCGAUUUUGACUAUACGAAGCGCAGCUUUCUCCUCUACGACGCGGCAAACCACUUCAACGAGUACCCUGGUCUGGAGUGCGACUACGCCACGUACUUUCCAUCCGACACACACAUUUCGAAGUUCAUUGCGGAGUAUCGUAGCGGGAUGCGUGUGGCGCUGGAGAAGGCGUGGACGGAGGACGCCAUCGAGCGUCCCGAUCUCAGUGCUGCGGAGCGAGAGAUAUUCCCCAGUGCGAGGACGUUGUUUUGGACGGAAUCGAACGAGGCGGAGGCAGCGGCGGUGGCGCAGUGGACACGCCUUGUGAAGCUGCUCACUCUCGCGUCGCACCUCUCGUGGGGUGUGUGGGCGCUGCUGCAGGAGGCGGUGUCGACGCUGGACGUGGACUUUCUCGACUACGCGAAGCUUCGCUACGCGCGCUACAUUGACGUGCGGAAGGAGUGCUCUCGCGACUUUUAG